CGCGCGCGGUGGGAAGGCGCUAUCAUUGCAGUAUGGCGGACGAUGGGGACGGUAGAAGUACAGCGGCGGAAACCAGCGGCGGACAGGGGACGACAGAGGAGUUGGACCCGGGAGCCGGUCUCGGUAUAAGCGGCAUGCUGAUCAAUCUCAGCCUUCUGGCGCUCGUGCUCGCCGCGUGCUACGCGAUUUACGCGCGGUGGUGGAGGAGGGCGGGCGCGGACUCAGGCAGGGGCCGCGAGGCCUCGCCGCUGCCCAAGAUGAGAAGGCGCGACUUUACCCUGCAACAGCUGCGCGAGUACGACGGCGUGCAGAACCCGCGCAUCCUCAUGGCAGUCAAUACCAAGGUCUUCGAUGUAACCUCUGGCAAAAAGUUUUAUGGACGAGAGGGCCCCUACGGUAUCUUUGCAGGACGAGAUGCUUCUCGGGGUUUGGCCACAUUCUGCCUGGAGAAAGAUGCGUUACGGGACGAGUACGACGAUCUUUCGGACCUGAAUGCUGUGCAGAUGGAAAGUGUCCGAGAAUGGGAAAUGCAGUUCAUGGAGAAAUAUGACUACGUUGGACGUUUGUUAAAGCCGGGAGAUGAGCCAUCAGAGUACACAGAUGAGGAAGACUUGAAGGAUCAUCAAAAACCAGAAUGAUCUGCUGAAUCAUCCCAACAGCUGAAGCCCAAGACUGAGAUCAGAAAUUGUUAAACCCCCAGCAAAAGUACCCAUCUGAAUCUCCCCUGUACAUCGAUCUUACGAUGUUCCCAGUAUUGUACGACCAACGCUGAAUACCUUCACUAAUGCUCUUUUACAUCAGAGCCAAACACCUGUUUCUGAAAGCCCAUGUGCUCUUCUGACUGUUGUUCAUCGUCUACCAGAACAGACCAAAAGCCUGUCAGUUCAUGUUCUCUUCCUGUCUGUUUUUGAUGCUUCUUGUGUCCAGACCCCUCCUUUGUCUAUCUUUUUGUCCCACCUCAAUAAUGCUGAAUUAAAACACUCAGUUGUAUACUUUAUAGCAUCAGUCCUACACUAUAAAUGGUCAGCCGUGUAGUUAUAAACCCUAAAGCAUCGGUUAUCCUGCAUCUGCAUCCUCAGUCCUGUGGAAAGCGAAAUGGACUUCUUUUAUCGAAUCCUGCACAACGUGUGAACUGAAAAUGUGAAAAGAUGAAUAAAACGAGGAAGGAAACUGAACAAUACAUUUUUAUUUACAGUUUAUUUGUAAGGCUUUACUGUUGAUGACCUGUGAGGUUAGGGACCAUAUGCUUAUGACAUAAUCAUAGAGGGGUCGAAUCUGGGAGUGCGGCACACAAGAGGUUAAAAUGCAAUUUGGGCUCUCUCCUUCCGUUUUUGUUUAUUUGCAACUUUUUGUCAGCAUUUGAAUCUCAUGCCUGUUCAUCUACUAUGAGAACAUUUUUAUUAUAAAUCGAAGGAAAUGUCAGGUAGAAAUGGUAACGAAUCAAACCAAAAGUCAGAUGCUAUCAGCCAAUCCAAAGGAGGGGGUUUGCGUGGAUGUGUGCUAUUUUAUCGAUUUUUGUAUUGUUUGCACCACUAGUGUGUGAGAUUCACAAUGUGAUUGAAAAAAUGAAAGGGUUGGGAUGGAAAAAGUUGGAGGGUGGGUUGGGCCGUUGGGUGAUUUCUUGCUAUUGUUAUUUUAUUUAAAUUGUAUAAAUCUGAAUGGCUGGUUGGGAUUCAAAGGGAAGAUUGCUUAUGCGGGUUAAACGGAUCGGCUCAUUCAACCGAACUCUUCCCCGAUUAACGAAACGGUGUAGUUAUUGUGCCUUAUUUCCGUUUAGUCUACGACGGAAUGGUCCAGAAUAGUUGAGAGGCGAAGAAAGUAUAGAAUGGAAGCGAUAGUUAAUGCUAAGAUUCAAAGAGACAAACAUGUUCAGCUCUGCCCUUUCCACAUUUUCUACUCUUUGCAUCUCCCCCCAUUCAUUUUGUCCCGUGAAUAAGUCGUGAGGGGCAUCACCGCCGGUAUAGUGACCUUGUACAUAGACUUUACGAGCUAUUUCAGUGUUACUGCCAUAUCUGCGCUGUUAUUAAACUCUCUACGCACUGCUGUGUUGUACUGGCCAAAAGAUCCAUUGCUCUUUCUCUUGUAUCCAUCUCUGUUACCCCUCUUUUUUGUUUUUGUUUUUCUGCUAAAUUUAUUUUUAAUUGUGGGUACAUUUAUUUCAACGCCACCUUUAAGUGUUGUAUUUUUUCUGGAGAGGGGAACAAUGAGUUUGGAAGAAUAUUUUGUCUUUGCUGGGGAGGGGGAUGAGGCAAAAUGCAAACAAAUUGUGGAUUCUGUAAAUAUGUGUAUCAUUUUAUUAAAGCAUGUGCAGCAAACAGUGAGGUAA